AUGGACUCGCCAAUACUCUCGCCAACGGGUCCACGUCACCGGAAAACCCGUUUAUCCUGUCGUCGGAUCGACAGGUUAUGCUGCAGUCUCUUGUGCUAUUUCCCUCUUGUUUUUAUAUCCGGAGUCUCAACAUGGGCCGUGUACACAUACUCUUACAGUAUCUGCUGGAAUAAUAUCGCUGGAGCCAAAGGCAUUUUUCUCUCUUUCUUGGGCCUAACCCUCUAUUUUCUCUUAAACUGGUCCUACUUUACAGCUGUAUUUACGAAUCCGGGUUCACCACUUGAUAAUAAACACUCUUAUAGUUCCCUCCCAACAACCGAGACGUCGACUAAUUCUUCCAUAAGUGUUAAAUCGUCCGGACAAGCCCGCUUCUGCAAGAAAUGCCAAUGCUACAAACCAGACCGCACCCACCACUGCAGUUCAUGCAAGACCUGCGUCCUCAAAAUGGACCACCAUUGUCCAUGGCUCGCAAAUUGCCUCGGAAUGUUCAAUUACAAAGCGUUCAUGUUGUUUCUGAUUUACACCUCCGUAUUUUGCCUUCUUUGUUUCGUAGUUAGCUCAGCAUAUGUCUACGAGGAGCUGUUGAGUUCAAAUGCAAGCAGUAAAUACCCGGUUGAUGACUUUACACCAGUAAACUGGGUGCUACUAGCAGUCCUUUCGGGUAUUAUUGGAUUGGUACUGAGCGGAUUCACCAUCUGGCAUCUCACUCUCGUAGGCUCUGGGAUGACAACCAUUGAGUCUUUGGAGAAAGUGCGAUACACAACACCCACACUUUCGCGUAGUGGAGUCCCAGCGCCUGGCGCACACCAUCUCUACGACAACCCAGAAAAUGACCCAACCUUCGACUACGCCGCCGAGCGAGAGCAUGAGCGCGAACAAGAGUUCCGUCGCUACAACUCCUACAUCCUCGAGGAAUCCACCAAGAAGCUCCCCCAUCCAUUCGAUCUCGGCAGAGCGCGCAACUUCCGCUGUGUAUUCGGCCCACGGGAAGAGUGGUGGAAGUGGUUCAUCCCGCGCUUCUCGGGCGUCGGGGAUGGAUGGAACUGGGAAACGAGCAAUGAGUGGCGCAUCGCUGCUGAGGCUGUAAGAGUUGAGAGAGAGCGUAUGGGGCUUGACCAAGGCGAUGAUACGCGAACGGGAUGGCCCGGUGCAAACCGACACCCAGCUGAAGGAAGGACUUGGAACGGUGGUAAUCCGAAUGGGCUCAUCCGCCACGCGGGUGAGAUGAAGCCGAGCAAGGCAGAAAGAAUAUUGGGGAAGCUGCCGGGCACAUAUAGCGAUGGGGAGAACGUGCCGCUGCAAAGGAUGAACAGGUCUCCAGAUGAUAUCAGCAGUGAUGAAGAAGACGACGAGAGAAUCGACUUGGAGACUGGAUUAGCUGUUGGGAGAAAGGCCAAGAUGGAGCCUAGGAGCGCUGGAAGUGUAGGUUGGUCAACUUGGGGAGGAGACAGUGCCGAGGAGAGGUGGUAG